AUGAAGUUCACUCUCGCCCUCGUUGCCGCCGGCCUUGUCGUCGCCCAGGACUUCUCUGGCCAGCCCUCCUGCGCCAUUCCCUGCCUUACCGAUGCCAUCCCCAAGGUUGGCUGCGCCCUGACCGACACCGCCUGCCAGUGCACCAAGGAGAAGCAGGAGGCCCUCGUCCCCGUCGCCGCCUCCUGCCUGCUCGCCGCUUGCAACUCUGCCGACCUCGGCAAGGCCCAGUCUGCCGCCGCCGCCGCUUGCGCCGCCUAUGCUGCCACCGCUGGCUCUGCCCAGCCCGGCGCUACCUCUGCUGCGGCUUCCGCUUCCGCCUCCGCCUCCGCUGCUGCUUCCUCGGCUGCCGCCUCUGUCUCUGCCUCCGUCUCCGGUGCCGUCUCUUCUGCUCUCGCCUCCGUCAGCGCCAGCGCCAGCGCUGCCCUGUCUUCCGCCUCUGCCAUCGUCACCUCUGCCCGUAACGCCACUGCUUCCGUCAGCAGCGCUACCCUCUCUGCUUCCCGCACUGCCUCCACUGCUGUCACUGGCACCGGUACCGGCGCGAGCGCUACUGCUUCUUCCACCGGCAACGCUGCUCCCCAGGGCGGUGUCGCUGUUGGCGGUCUUGCCCUUGCUGCCAUUGCUGGUAUCGUUGCUGCUCUGUAA